CUUCUCUCUUGUGUAAAGCGGAUACCGGGUGGAUCUAUGGUCUACAGAUACGCGAGUUUCAGCGCGCGGACGUCAGUGGAAGUUUAGGAUGCGGACUACGCGGUGGUGCGCGGUCUUUCUCCUCGCGCCUGCAAUCUGCCUGGUCGCGCGGGUGGAGGCCUCCCUCCCGGGGAAGCCGGUCGUGCUGAAGGCGGGGAGCCCCAAGUCCCCCCUGAAGCUGAAGCACAUGUGGGCGGAGCCCAGCAGCAGCAAGGAGCUGUCAAUCAGCCGGCUCCUGUCCCAGGCCCUGCCCCCGAAGGAGAACGCGACGGCGCUGGACCUGCGGUACGACACGCCCGAGCCGUACUCCGAGCAGGACCUCUGGGACUGGCUGCGCAACGCCAGCGACGGCCAGGAGGCCCGCGGCCGCGGCAAGCGCCGGCCCAUGGUCAAGACCGGCAAGUUCAAGAAGAUGUUCGGCUGGGGCGACUUCAACUCCAACAUCAAGACCGUGAAGCUCAACCUGCUGAUCACCGGCAAGAUCGUGGACCACGGCAACGGCACCUUCAGCGUCUACUUCCGCCACAACUCCACCGGCCAGGGCAACGUGUCCGUCAGCCUCGUGCCGCCCACCAAGAUCGUGGAGUUCGACCUCUCCGCCCAGCAGGCCGUGGUGGACGCCAAGGACUCCAAGUCCUUCAACUGCCGCGUGGAGUACGAGAAGGUGGACAAGGCCAACAAGAACACGCUGUGCAACUUCGACCCGUCCAAGACCUGCUACCAGGAGCAGACGCAGAGCCACGUCUCCUGGCUGUGCUCCAAGCCCUUUAAGGUCAUCUGCAUCUUCAUCUCCUUCUACAGCACGGACUACAAGCUGGUGCAGAAAGUGUGUCCGGACUACAACUACCACAGUGACGCUCCCUACUUCCCCUCCGGCUGACCAUGACAUCAGCACGGACCACAAUGGCGCUGAGAUGUGGGGUGCCCCUCUACCCCCCAUGCUCAAAAAGACAUAUCUAUCAAUAUAUCUGCUAUCUGCACUGUCCUGGACAUCUCUGCAAUCAAAUGAGGAAUUCUGUCCAAAUCAGCUGUUUACUGGACAAUCUGGCCCAACUAAAUCAGAACAAUAAUAAUAAUAAUAAUAAUAAUAAUGAUUAAAAAAUAAUAAUAAUUCUGAUUCACACAUUUCACAUUUCUGCAAAAAAUAUGAAACAUAUAAAACAUUUGCUAAAUGGAAGAACAUGGGUUAAAUUGACGUGAUGUUCCUCUUAAAAAAUAUAUAUAAUUUCCAAAAAGAUGCACCAGAUUACUAGUUAUGAUCUCAUUUUUUGCAAUGCCAGCUCAUGACAUGUACAUAGUGGCAACUGAAUUUCAGCAUUCAUAGUUAAUAUGAAAUCUUUAUUUAUUUUGUGAAAUACUUCAGUUUUUUUACCCUGCUGAAGUUUUGGUGGGGAGUUUUUGUUGUGUUUUGUUUUUCUUUCUCAAAUCCUCCAAACAGAAAACAGAGGUGCCCCAGCUCCCCCCCCCCUCCCUCCCCCUCAGUUUUGGGUUUUUGUGUUUCUGUGAACGCAGCGAUAUUUAUGUCAGAGGCAGCAGUUUUCCUGGAUUCUCCCCGUCAGCAGAUUUGAGCAGCACUCCAAGACAAAGACAGCCGGGUGGCAUUGUUACCCCGUGGCCCCGUUUGAGAACCCCCGCUUUUCCUCGUACCCCCACCGCCCCGGAGCCACCCAACCCCCGCCAGACGGAGGAACUCCACGACACGGGACACGCUCCCGGGAGAGAGUGCUUUCAGAACAGGAAGUGGGCGGGGCCUCACCCUGGGCUGGGUUUAGUGGGCGGGGCCUCACCCUGGGCUGGGUUUAUGGGGCGGGGCCUCACCCUGGGCUGGGUUUAGUGGGCGGGGCCUUGCCCUGGGCUGGGUUUAGUGGGCGGGGCCUUGCCCUGGGCUGGGUUUAGUGGGCGGGGCUUCUUCACAGUGCUAAAGAAGGCUGACCUUCUCCGGCCUGUGGUUUAUUUUAGGUUUUUUUUGUUUGCUUGUUUGUUUCAUAAAGUUUAAAGUUCAGCUUAAAGCAUCAGACCAUGAAAAAAAUCUCCCUUUUGGUUUUUAUUUUUGCCACUGGAAGGAAAAUGUAAAAAGAAGAUUGUGCAUCCUGGAGCGGAACCGGACCGGACCAGCCCGACCGGACCGGAGCUGGUGCUGUAUAUACUGAACCCCAAACAAGCUGCUUCUGUACGUGGCACAAGUGCGCGUUGGAUUUCUUUCCGUCCCCAACUUCCCUAAAACCCCCCCAGUACCCCCACACCCUCCCCAGUACGCCCACACCCUCCCCCAGUACCCCACACCCUCCCCA